AUGGCAGACUUAAAGGCAGGAGGAAUCGUAAAGAAAGGUCAAGAAGAAGGGCUCAAGUUGGCGAUUUCUCUUCUAGAAGAAUAUAAUCUGCCACUAGGCCUUCUUCCUCUGGCUGAUGUUGUUGAGGUCGGGUUUGUGAAGAGCACUGGUUACAUGUGGAUUGUCCAGAAAAAGAAGGUGGAGCACAAAUUCCAAAUGAUUAGCAAGCUUGUCAGUUAUGACACUGACAUAACUGGUUAUGUUGAGAAGAAGAGGAUCAAGAAGCUUAAAGGAGUGAAGGCCAAGGAGCUCAUGUUAUGGCCUCCAGUGAGUGAGAUCAUCGUCGAUGAGCAACCAACUGGAAAGAUUCAGUUUAAGAGCCUUGCUGGAAUCACGAAGACUUUCCCAGCUGAUGCAUUUGCAGCUGGCCAGUAA